AUGACGGGCAUGACGCUGUGGGCUGACUUUGGGUUGGGGUUGGUUGUAACUUGUGACCAGGACCGAGAAAGUGCUCGUCCUGGUCGGGGCCGGGUACCAGGCAGCGAUGAGCCAUCCGUUGGGGGAACCGGUAUCUCGUCAUCGAGCCGGCCAGGAUCCUUGGGAACGGGAUUUGGCGCAGAGUUUGUGUGGGGGUGUUUUGGACUGGUUGGUACAUUCCUUCCUUGGUUGUUUGAGGAGCCCCCGGACGGGUUGCUGGCGGGCCCAUAA